UUCUCUCUCUAUAAACUCACUUCUCUCUCUCUCUCUCUUUCUUUCUUUCUCUCUCUAGCUCUAGGAGAUUGUGGAAGCAAAGCAUUGGGGUUCAUUUUUUUUUUCUUGAACUUUGUGUACUGUUACAAUACUCGAAGCCCUAACCCAACAAAGAGAGAGAGAGAGAGAGAGAAAGAGAGAUCAGAUCUGAGAAUCACUCUCAUUUUUUGCUUUUUUUACUUUGUUUAUUUUUAUUUUUAUUUUUUUUACUUUUUUAGAAAAAAGCUAUUAUGCUAUACGAGUAGUUGUAGUAGUAGUGGUUUUCAGCAAAAAUGUCUAACUCCGACCCGAAAGCCCGACAGCGACCGGGUCCAUGGCCACCUGCUCCGGAGUCUUCAGCAAUGCCGCCUUCUUCGUGGGCCAAGCGGACCGGUUUCAGGCCCAAGUUCUCCGGCGAGACCAAUGCUAGCGAUUCCGGUCAGUUAGUCGCUGUUCCGCAGCCACCACCGCCGCCGCAGCCGGCUUCACAGCCCAAGCCCAGAGAACCCGAGACUCAGCCUCAUCCUCGGCCGCAGCCACAGCCACAGCCACAGCCACAGGCACAGGCCCAGCCGGAUCUUGAAGCGGGUCGGACUCGGGCGGCGGUGAAUGGCGUGUCGGAUAAUAAGGAUCACACGGUGAAAAAACGGAGGGACUCUGAUGGGCCUCCGGCGAAGGGUUCAGGCCCAAACGGACAGGCCCAGAGUGGGCCUACGGACCAAGCUCGGAGACCAACGGCUAGGAGUGGAGAAGUGGUCGAUGUUUUGCCGAAUGAUGAUGAUGGGUUUGUGGGUAGACCGACCCAUAUGAAGUAUGAGCUCAGAGAUACACCUGGUCUUGUUCCCAUUGGUCUAUAUGGGUUCCAGCAUUAUAUUUCGAUUUUGGGUUCGCUGAUUCUUAUACCGCUCGUCAUUGUUCCUGCAAUGGGUGGAACUUAUGAGGAUACUUCAAAUGUGGUAUCAACGGUUCUCUUUGUGUCCGGAGUGACCACACUGUUGCAUACAACUUUCGGUUCCAGGUUGCCAUUGAUACAGGGUCCAUCAUUUGUUUACUUGGCUCCGGCAUUGGCAAUAAUCAACUCCUCGGAGUUUCAAGGACUCAAUGCAAAUAAAUUCAAGCAUAUUAUGAAGGAGCUACAGGGGGCUAUAAUCAUCGGUUCGGCUUUUCAAACAAUACUUGGAUAUAGUGGACUGAUGUCUGUUUUAGUGAGGUCGAUCAAUCCGGUUGUUGUGUCCCCAACUAUUGCGGCUGUUGGACUUUCUUUCUAUAGCUAUGGUUUCCCUCUAGUUGGUAGCUGUCUUGAGAUUGGAGCAGUGCAGAUAUUACUGGUUAUUAUUUUUUCUCUUUAUCUUCGUAAGAUAUCUGUCUUUGGUCAUCGUAUAUUUCUAAUAUAUGCGGUUCCUUUGGGUCUGGCAAUUACAUGGGCGACUGCUUUCCUGCUAACUGAAGCAGGAGUCUAUAGUUACAAAGGUUGUGAUGUAAAUGUACCUGCAUCAAAUAUAAUAUCUGACCACUGCAGACAGCAUCUCUCGAGGAUGAAGCAUUGUCGAGUAGACACUUCUCAUGCAUUAAGAUCUUCCCCAUGGUUCAGAUUUCCUUAUCCUUUACAAUGGGGUACUCCUGUCUUCCACUGGAAAAUGGCUCUUGUUAUGUGUGUGGUGUCUAUCAUUGCAUCCGUGGAUUCGGUUGGAUCAUACCAUGCAUCUUCAUUGUUGGUGGCAUCAAGGCCUCCAACCCCAGGCGUUCUUAGUCGAGGGAUUGGUCUGGAAGGCCUUUCCAGUGUCUUGGCUGGGCUUUGGGGUACAGGAACGGGGUCCACCACUCUAACUGAAAAUGUACACACCAUAGCCGUGACCAAAAUGGGAAGCCGCAGAGCAGUUGAAUUAGGUGCAUGCGUUUUGAUCGUCUUAUCGCUAAUAGGUAAAGUUGGAGGAUUUCUUGCGUCGAUUCCGGAAGUUAUGGUUGCUGCUUUAUUGUGCUUCAUGUGGGCAAUGCUUACAGCAUUAGGCUUGUCAAAUCUUCGUUAUAGUGAGGCCGGAAGCUCUCGGAAUAUUAUCAUAGUAGGAUUAUCUUUGUUUUUCUCUCUGUCAAUUCCAGCCUACUUUCAGCAGUAUGGCAUCUCUCCAAAUUCCAACUUGUCUGUCCCAAGUUAUUUUCAGCCUUACAUUGUGGCUUCACAUGGGCCUUUCCGCAGCAAUUAUGGAGGGGUGAACUAUAUCCUCAACACAUUACUGUCAUUUCACAUGGUGAUUGCAUUCCUAGUGGCUGUUAUUCUGGACAACACUGUACCUGGUAGUCAGCAAGAACGUGGGGUGUAUGUUUGGUCUGAACCUGAUGCUGCAAGGAGGGAACCUGCUGUCACCAAAGAUUAUGAGUUGCCCUUCAGAGUUGGUCGGGUUUUCAGAUGGGUGAAAUGGGUUGGACUUUGAAGUGACAUGGUUUUUUUUUUAAAAAUUUUCUGCUGGUGUAGGCCAUCAUCACCUUGUCGAGCUCAGACGGUUCAUUAUCAUGGGGUGGCUUUACUGCUGUUCUCAAUGUAAUUCCCCUAUGCUCAUUUGGUAAACUCAGUCUGAAAUCUGUUUUUCACACACGGUAAAUCUUAUUGGGACUUUAGGUCUUAUAGAGAUAUUUUUGUACAUUUUAGGAUCCAGAGUGAUCUGUUUGUGUUGUAAUUUUAGAUUAUAAACAGUGUAUCUAGUUUUGAGUCAUUGAGAAUAUCCGGUUUAACUUUUUUUUUCCCUUGCAUUCAAGCAAGCUUUGAGAAUUUAUCCUGGUCAUGUAUAUGGUUUUGUAUUUUAUUUUUGGGUACAAUGUUUUAAGUCAGCUUCACGAGUGCUGGAUUCUUGAUGGAAAUGAAAUACGGUUCAUUGUUAAAAA